GAUCUGGAACAACAGUGGCAGGACCUCAUGUCUAUCAUGGAAACACAGCUUGGUGGCCGGAGGGGAGAAUUGGAUACAUAAAAAUGCAUUUUUAUGUACAAAAUAGCCUUGAGGGAAAACAAUAGGUCUUCCUAGAUGCUUUCCUGAUGGUUAGAGGACAGUAACUGAUAAGAUUGUUAUCUAAAAACAAGGUAUUUAAUUUCUUAUUUGUUUAUAGUGAACCCCAUAUCUGAAUUUUUUGUCCAUCUAAGUGGAUGAGGAGACUACCAUAAAUUUUAAUGUAUGUUUCCAGGCCAAUGUGCCCAGAAUACAAGAUACUAAGUUUGGGAUGAAGGCCAGUAUACUCCCCCUACUACCUUCUAUGCCUCCUAUGGAGGAUUGGAGGGUCCACUGGAUCAGAUUUUAUGUGAGUUAAGGCUUGUAAAAGCAGAAGAGGUAAAUGUGAUCCUCCAAUGGUAUUCAUUCUGCUAGUAGAAGUAUAAUUCAUUUUUACUAUUUUCCUUGGACUCUUUAAUUUUUAAGUUGGUUGAAUUGGGCAAUACUGAGAACUGCAGAAUCUAAAAAGUCUCUCUUUCCUUUGCAGAGCAUGGAGGUGAACAGCACAACUCUAUAUAACAGCUCAAGUGGAAACCUUCUGACAGCCAACUACAGCCUUGCUCCAUCCACCCCUAUUAACCAGAAUGUCAGCCUGCAUCAGGCAUCGCUGGUUGGCUGCACACAAGACUUCCCUUCCCUGUUCAACUCUGAAAGUGAAAGUCCCUCAGUGGCUGGUGGCUCAGCUUUGUUGCAACUGGUUCCUGAUAACUCCACUGGCUUCAACAAAUUUGGCUCUACCAACCUAAGUGGGAACUUUUUUCCUCCCCAGUUAAACUGCACUGUAACUGAAACAUCUGGGUCUGAACUCCCAGAUCCUCUUGGAGGGCUCCUGGAUGAAGCCAUGCUAGAUGAGAUUAGUUUAAUGGAUUUGGCUAUUGAAGAAGGCUUCAACCCAGUGCAGGCAUCCUGCUUGGAAGAGGAAUUUGAUUCAGACUCAGGGCUCUCUCUGGACUCAAGUCACAGCCCUGCUUCUCUCAGCAGCUCAGAAGCAUCAUCCUCUUCCUCCUUUUCUGAGGAAGGAGCUGUAGGCUACAGUUCUGAUACUGAAAAUGUGGACUUUGAAGAUGCAGAAGGAGCUGUUGGGUAUCAGCCAGAAUAUAGCAAGUUCUAUCGGAUGAGCUACCAAAAUCCUCCUCAGUUGCAGUACCUGCCUUAUCAUGAGCAUGUGGGUCACAAUCAAACAUACAACAUGGCCCCUAGGACCUUAGACACUGAUGAGUCCCAGCCAGCUAGUAUGGGAAAGAAGAGUUCCAAAGAAAAGCAAGCAGAUUUUCUAGAUAAGCAGAUGAGUAGAGAUGAACAUAGAGCCAGAGCCAUGAAGAUUCCUUUUCCCAAUGAAAAGAUCAUCAAUUUGCCUGUAGAGGAAUUCAAUGAACUCCUGUCCAAGUAUCAGUUGAGUGAAGCACAGCUGAGUCUAAUCCGUGACAUUCGCAGAAGGGGUAAGAAUAAGAUGGCAGCCCAGAAUUGUCGUAAAAGAAAACUGGACACUAUCCUCAAUCUGGAGCGGGAUGUAGAUGAUUUGCAGAGAGACAAAUCAAAGCUGCUCAGGGAGAAGGUGGAAUUUCUCAGGUCCAUCCACCAGAUGAAGCAAAAAAUGCAGACCCUCUACCAGGAGGUAUUCGGCCAUCUGCGUGAUGAGAAUGGACAGCCCUAUUCCCCAAACCAGUAUAUUCUACAGCAUGCCAGUGAUGGCAGUGUUAUUCUAAUAUCACGUUCCUUGGCUGAGCAGCAGAGGUGGUGUCAAGAGAAGAAACAGAAAGACAGGAGGAAGUGAAAGAUGAUAAAUAUCAUUUGAAAAGCAUAAACUUGCUGAAUCUGCAACCUGGAGAAGGGCUGAGCCCAGAAGAAUUUGGAGGAACAUUCAUCCCUUCUCAAUAUACCUUCUCAAACCAUGCUAGGUUCCAGCCAAUGUAUAGGAGCAGACUGCUGGGUAGUGGGGCUACAAGUCUUGAGCGGUGGAAUGGCAAAACAUGCUGGGAAAGACCUGUGGUUCGAGAAGCCUCAAACCAAUUGAACAUGAGUGAAUUACCUGGCAUAAUGUGUGUGUAGCAGGGGGGAAAUCUCAGCAGAGGGUAGAAAAUUUGAAUUGUUUAAAUGUCUUUUUUUUGUAAAGGAAGAAAUGUGAAAUGGAUGGAUUGAGGAGAUCUAAGUUUUUUUUCUUCUUUGACUUUCCAAGUCUUGGGUAUUUCAGGUAGCUGGUUGGAUUUUUUAACUAGUUUAAUGCAGCUCAAACCCAUGCCUAAAUCUGAAUACUUAGCCCUGAUCUCUUUGUAGAUCUGUAUGUACGUAACUACAGAGGAAGCACAGAAAAUUGAUUGUACUUAGGAGAGAAGAAAAACAUUUCCCCUCAAGCUGAAAGUGUUUUCCAUUCAAGGAAUCUAUAUGUACUGCCAUUUUGAACGUCAGCAUUUAUCAUAAAUGUUUGGCAGGGUAAGAGUGCAAAGGGUUAAUAGAAUUACUAUUCUAAUCUAUCUUUAUCCAUCCUAAUUGAAAACUUUGUUAAAGAUGUCCCUUGCCGGCAGAGGAGCCUGCAUUAAUUCUGGGCCACUAUCAAGAUGCAUCACAUGAUGCUGCAUGGUAAAAUUGCAUACCAUAAAGCUGUAGUCAUCAAUUUAGUAUCCCAUUGAUUGGCUUAGAGAGACUGCUUUGGGUGAAGGGAACUAUAGGGCUAAAGGCAGGGGUGGGUUCCUACCGGCUGCACAACCGGUUUGUUUCACACGAGCUGUGCGCGCGCUCUCACUUCACUUGUUUGCAGGCCAGGUGCGUGUUAUCGGUGCAUGCAGUUUAGCAAAAAUUGAACUUCCGCAUUGCAAACAAGGAGCACAGACACCAGCUGAGGAGAGGCAAUUCAAUCUGCCACCACUGAUCAGCUGGGCUUCAGAAGCAGAAAUAAAGGUCAGUAUAACCCGUGGGCGGGCAGGCCCACUUUCACGGAUAGAGAACCAAUUCGCUCUCGGCUUGCAGUCAGUGCUAACAGUUCGGUCGAACUGGGCCGAACAGUUAGGAACCCACCACUGGCCAACGGCGUAGAUCUAGAAUCCGCAAGGCAUCUGACCAUCACCAUUUGGUCUAUAGCACAGCUGGUUUUGCUUCUGUUAAGUGGCCAUGCUUGUGUUGAGAGCCAUCAGCAAGUCUUUUUUUGAAUGGGCAGUUUGAUUUUAAUUUAUUAUGGUUUGUGUUCCUGUGUUGCUUCCCCUCCCCUGUAGUGCUAUAGAAUGAACUCAAGAGUAUGCAUGCAGGAAAGAAGGGUGGUACUUCCCCCUGGGGGGGGGGAAGGGCAGCAUAUAAAUAAAAAUCAACAAACAACAAACAUAUCAAAGCUACUAACGGUUCUUUCUGCCAUAAAGACUCAAUGUGUUAACUGAUUCCACAGCUGGCUUCCCUUCUGUCCUUGGGUGUCAUUCCAACUUCCCUCUUCACCCCCCAUUGAAAGAAAAUAAGAUGAAGGAUGAAGAUAGUGCCUUGAACACAGCUAGCCUCAAGCUCUGAGGCCAUCCCUGAAGCACAGCUGGGAGUAUUACUGACUUGACCAGCAACUGUAGAGCUAAAAUGCCUUUCGGUAUUUCCCAGCCACUCAGUCCUGUGUAUGUGAUGAUGUAUGAGGGCAUAACAUUGAAAUGGGCAUCCUCUGAAGGAUUGUAGAUAUUAUGCAUUAAUUGGUAUAAAGCAGGGCUGUUAAACUCCCGGCCCGCAGGCCAGAUGUGUCAUGCGCUGGCCACAGCCAU